AUGGACAGUAAACAUUUCAGUUUGUCCCAGUUAAAGGCCCGGAGAGAAGAACUGAUCAGGGAAUUGCUGUAUGCUGAUGAUGCAGCAAUUGUGGCACACUCACUGGAGGGCGUAAAAGUUAUCUCAAACCGUUUGGCUUUUGCGUACCUUGGCAAUCACGUGACAAGCGACAAUAACAUCGACGGAGAUAUAGAAAACAGAGUACAAACGGCUUCGAGGUCUUUCGGUAGUCUGCACAAACGACUAUGGUCACAACACGGUAUCACAAUCACGACAAAGCCGAAAGUCCAAAAGUUGUUAACCAUCAAAUGGCAGGAUAUAGUACCAAUCACAGAGGUUCCCAGACGCGCAAAGAUGGCCAGUGAAGAGAGUAUGAUACUGACAGCACAACUCAGAGGGUCAGGCCAUGUGGCUCGAAUGGAAGACUGCAAACUACCUAAGAUCCUACUGUAUGGCGAACUGAGAGAUGAAGCAGGAUCUGACCUGACCGUGGUGGAUCUGGUCUCGCUGGAGCGGAGGGUCCUCAAGACGGGCUACGCGGCCUUCACGAUGGGCGUGGCCUACUCGCUCGACGGCUCCAAGGUUUACACCGUGGCUGCGGACAGCCUCCGCGGACCGCGUGUGGUGGAGGUGAAUGUGUCCUCAGGGGAGGCGACACCCCUGGGGAGAUGGACCGCCGAGGGGGAGGAGGGCUCUAACCCCAGCCACCCCAUCGUCGACCCCCACUACAUCAGCGUCGCCAGGCAGAUCCAGUUCCCGACGACCCAGGGGGACUUCGCCUACGGAUACCUCUACAUGCCCAAGAACAAGGACUACCGUGCGCCCCCGGGGACGCGCCCCCCCCUGCUCGUGAAAGCCCACGGGGGCCCGACGGCCGCGGCCACCAAGACCUUCAGCGCCGCCGUCCAGUUCUUCACCUCCCGCGGCUUCGCCAUCCUCGACGUCGACUACAGGGGCAGCACGGGCUACGGCACGCUCUACAGGACCAAGCUGCACGAGAUGUGGGGCGUGUAUGACGUGGACGACGUGUUGGCGGGCGCAGACUACCUGGUGCAGGAGGGCCUCGUCGACCCGGAGCGCCUCUGCAUCGACGGCGGCUCCGCGGGGGGCUACACGGCGCUCUCGGCGCUCACCAUCACCGGCUCCAAGUUCAAGGCCGGCGCGAGCUUCUACGGCGUGACCGACUUACAGCUCCUGGCGCGGGACACGCACAAGUUCGAGAGCCGCUACCUGGACGGCCUCGUCGGGAAGCUGGACAAGCACCUGGACCGCUACGUCUCCCGCUCGCCCUUCAGGAACCACGGCAAGCUCGACGUGCCCACCGUCUUCUUCCAUGGCACAGAAGACACGAUUGUUCCGCCCAACCAAGCCAUUGAGAUGUUCCAGCUGCUGAAGGGCAAAGGCCUCCCGGCUGCAAUUAUGUUAUUUGAAGGCGAGAGCCACGGCUUCCUUAAGGCAGAAAAUCGCAAGACGGCGCUGGAAGCAGAGAUAUUUUUCUUCUCCCAGGUCUUCAACUUCACUUUGGGAGACGUUACGUCAAAUCUGACGAUUGAGAACCUGUCCAGCUGGCGGGAUGGGAGCUGAGGACGAAGGGAAGAAGGUCGAGCGAUAAUAACGAAAAGAGGGACUGAAGAAGGAGAAGCGCAGGUGGAGAAGAAAGGCAGAAAUAUAUAAUAAGAAGAAACUAUUUAAAACGUCCAUGCGACGGGAUGUUUGCACAAAACGAAUGAUUAUAAAUGCUUUAAGAAAUAAAGAAAAGGGUCUUUCA